AUGAUAAACGACAGGGAACAGAGUGUUCAGCACAUGAUAUCGAAAAUUGUUACGAAAACUGUUGUGGACCCCCUAAUGCGCGAGACCGAUUCAACUGCCUGGAAAAUGCUGCAUGAGAUCGAACUGGAAAACAACAACAGGCGCCUUCUUCUUCGCUCUCUCAUGCAUGAGCACCAAGAAGGAAAUAUCAAAUCUACAAUUGUUGAAUGUCUCAAUCGUAAACUUGAGACAUGCCCGACAGAGGUGGAUGUGAUCUGGAUGCUUCUGGCAGAUCUCAGCGGUAUUUUCAAAGUGAAAUCGAGGAAAGCUUUGGAAGCGUGGUACACUAUUGCAGACGGAGAUACGAACAACAGGGUGCGCUACGUAACAAGAGUGUUGUCAAGAUCCUGUGGUGAUUUGAAUGCUGCUGAGAAGGCCGAUCUUUGUGCUGACAUUGAAACGAAAAUUACUGAUUUCAGAAUCGAUGCCAUGAAUAUUUCGUCUGCGUUCCUUUGUUUAGCUAAACUCAUGGAUGCUGUUGGCGAGGAAUGCACAGGCAGGAAGAACUUUGAAAGGCUAGGGAAGCGACUCCUCAGACAGAGCCGUAUUCACAUACGCGAAUCUCUACAGAAAAUCGACGAAGAAUAUGAUUAUCCCGAUAGGUUGGAAGCUCGUGAAACGUUGCUCAUACGUGUCAUCACAACCAUUGGAGAGGUUGUUCAGUUCUCGCCGAUACUCAUGAAUACAAGUGUCCGGCUAUUGGAUGCGCUCAAAACUAUUAUAUCCUCGGACAUCUUCAAUGAGCCUGAUGAAAAACCAGUGGUGAAUGCAGCCAUACCAUCCUUUCAACCAACUCCUAUUCCAUCUCGAGAGCAGUCACCAUCGCCGCCUUGCUCUCGUGCGCCGUCUCCGGCUCCAUCUACAGCCUCAUCAAACGCGGACGAUCACCUAGUAUCAUCUCAGGGUGGCCCUGUGAUACCACCAGACAUUGUGACAGCCGCGGCUGCCAAUCGUAAGGCUCUGCUUACUCCUAGAGUUAGGGCACAUGCAGUUCUAACGAUCGGAAAAUUCUGUCUUAUGGAUGAAAGGGUGGCCAAAUCUACCAUUCCCGUUUUCGUGAAGCAACUGAAACUAAACUCGGACCAUGUGAUUAGAAACAACAUUGCCCUUGUUAUUUGUGAUUUGUGUAUCCGGUAUACAUCGAUGGUAGACCGCUACUCUCCCAUCGUUGCUGCUUGCCUCAAAGACACAUCAACCCUGGUCCGCCAACAAAUAUUGGACUCCCUUACGUCACUAAUCAAAGAGCAGUUCAUAAGAUGGGAAGGACAGAUCAUGUAUCGUUUUGUGUCCGCAAUACUCGACGAGAACAAGUCUAUCAGGGAAUAUGCAAUGUUUUGUUUGCGAGAUGUGUUGCUGCUUCAAUUCCCAGAGUUGUUCUCGGGUCAUUUCAUCGAGUGCCUUAUGUAUUUCAACAAUGUGCCAGUGAGCUGCGAACGGGAUGCUGUGCACGAAGUAGUUGAUACAAAUCAACGUCUUUCACUCGACGGUCCUGAAAACGAAGAAAGUAGAAUGACUAUCUAUAAAUUCAUGCUGAGCACAUUCGACGAUACCCGUAAAUUCACUCUAAUGGCCCAUAUAUGCACACAAAUUAUCUGUCCGGUGAUGAAUGGGAAGCUGAAAUACGAAGAUCCGUGCGUGUUUGCUCUAGUUAGGGACGCAUUGACGGUCAUGUCUCUGAAGGAAAUAAAACUGAACAUGGAUGUAGGAAAAGGUCCAGAUGUGGAAGAAGAGCCUCCGGCGCUUGUUGUGGCUGUUGCCAAAGAAAUGAUUGCCCAAACUUUCCGGAAGGCAAUGAUUGAAUAUGUUAUGCCUGCGUUGCUCGAUCUACGUGUGUAUCUUACUGAAAAGAGGUCCAGCUUACGUGGACCGCUUUACGCCGUUUUUCGGUUAGUUACUUGUAGCCCUAUGGCUGUUGAUGUUUUCGUUGGAGUCCUUGAAAGCGCGGCGGUAUUUGAUGGCAAAAUGUCGUUUAUGUCGCUCAUCACAAGGAGAGGGACAUUUUGGCGAGGAAAUCAGCAGGAGCACAACCAAGACCCUCCCCCAAGUAGGAUCGCAGUGUACGUUCGACAUCGUACGAGUUGCUUGUCGCUCGGACGAGUUCUCCCUCUGCUGAUUUUGUGCACCAAAUGCAUUCUGGCUGUUUAUCUUCUGUGA